GUCACUUUGCCGAUUCAACUGCCUUCGUGUACGCUUUACUCUUAUUCUUCGUUUGUCUGGCUAAGUUGCUGUAACUUUCACUCAAAACACACAUACUAAAAAUGGGUUCUGGCAAGCAACAAAAAGUGCAAUCAUCUGGAUUCACAAAGGAGGAGGAGCUGCUGCUGCAGGACUUCAGUCGCAAUGUUAGCACAAAAUCGGCAACGAUAUUUUAUGGUAACGCUUUCAUCGUCUCGGCGCUGCCAAUAUGGCUAUUCUGGCGCAUUCACAAUAUGGAUUUGUGGCCCAGCUCCAUUUUGUUUGUGCUUGUGACCGCUGCUAGCACGUAUUUGAUGGCCACCGCCUACAAGAACAUAAAGUUCCAGCUGAAGCACAAGAUUGCUGUGCGUCGCGAGGAGGCAGUGACCCGUGAGGUGAACCGUCAGGUCGGCGAUGACAAGAAGGUCACACGCAAGGAGAAGGACGAGCGCAUUCUGUGGAAGAAGAAUGAGGUUGCCGACUAUGAGGCAACCACAUAUUCAAUUUUCUACAACAAUGCCAUCUAUUUGGCCAUCAUCAUCUUCAUCAGCUUCUUCCUGCUGAAGAAUGCCACGCCAUUUGUGAACUACAUCUUCUCCAUUGGUGUGGCCAGCGGUGUUCUGGCAUUAUUCUCCACCAGCGCCCAAACGAACUGAACAACUUCAUCAUUUACUUGUACUUGCAUCUACUACUCGUAAAGCUUAGGCCCAUUAAGAGAUUCUUUAUACCUUAAAAGUGCGAGACAACACAAAAUUCCAUACACUCGUCAGCAUUUUAGCAAUUUUGAAAAUAUCAAUUUUAUAAUGAAAUUGUUAGUCUUUCUUGUAGAAAGCGUAUUAUGAAACUUCCAUUUGCAAAAUGUUUUCAAUAAAUUUGUAAAAUCCA